AUGCCAGCGUUAAAAAAAUUCGAUGCCAACGUGGCCCGCCACGUGAAGCUGAUGAAUAAAAACUUAUGCGCUAAUUUGAUACGCCACGAGUAUAUUGUCACAGGAAGAACCAAAGCAAAGAGAGCCCAAGCUAAAAUCGAAAGCUUCUUAGCCAAGGCUUUGCAUGAGAACAACAAGCAACAAGAUAAGCCUUUCGAAUACAGAUUUGCCAAUAACAAGGCUCUAAACUACUUGCAGCCUCCUGAUAAGAGGGAAGUCGGAUCAAAAGUCAUCGAAGAGUUGAGCAAAAGAUACACAAGAAGAAAGCAUGGCUUUACACGUAUAAUCAAAUUGGAACCUCGCUUGGGCGAAGACAAGGCGCCUAUGUCUGUCUUAGAAUUGGUAGAUUCUGAGUUUGAAAUCAAGUUUUGGUACACUGCCAAGAUUGUCGCCAGAUUGGAGUUACAAGGCUUACCGGUUGAUGCCUUAACGCAACAUAAUGUUGACAAGUUGACUCAAUUCAGACCCCAAGGUGAAGAGAGCUUCAGGAAGGCUGUUGAAGAAGCAAAGGUCCAGUUUUUCAAGUAUAACACUGAGACAGGAGAAGUUGAGGAUCCAGAAGUCUUAAAGAACUUGGAAAACAAGCCUCCAAAGAUGGACUUUUACACAGAGGGUGCUUCUUUUGGUGUUUCCAAGAAAUAUGGUGUGAAGGAAAGACCGCCAAAGGGGGAUCUGGAACUUCCAAAGUCCCCAUUCUUAGCAUAG